CCGGUGUUCAUUCAUAAUCAGUGUCCGCAUGUUGAGUGUCGCACAGCUGUCCCGUACAGUAUUCAGUCAACUGGUUGUUAGAGCGCAGACAUUUUCGUCGCUACGAGCCUUCGCAGUUUGCAGUCCGAUUAAACAAGCCAUAAUGUCGUACACAAUCGUUGAGAGGGGAGCGCCGAAUUCACUCGAUUACCGAAUUUUCUUCAAGGGUCCUAACGGCAUUGUGUCUCCUUUCCAUGAUAUUCCAUUGCAUGCUGACGCUGAGAAAACCACUUUCAAUAUGGUUGUAGAAGUGCCACGUUGGAGCAAUGCCAAAAUGGAGAUUGCUACCACAGCAAAGAUGAACCCGAUUAAACAAGAUAUCAAAAAAGGAAAACUACGCUAUGUAAAGAAUUGUUUCCCACAUCACGGCUAUAUAUGGAAUUAUGGUGCUUUUCCUCAGACAUGGGAGGACCCGAACCAUGUCGACGCCCAUACAUCAUGUAAGGGAGAUAAUGACCCACUUGAUGUUUGUGAAAUUGGACAUAGGGUUGCCAAUCGUGGUGAUGUUGUACAAGUCAAACUACUCGGAACCAUGGCGAUGAUUGAUGAAGGCGAGACAGACUGGAAGAUGCUUGCCAUUGAUGUAAAUGAUCCACUUGCCUCCCAGCUCAAUGAUAUUGAUGAUAUUAAAAAAUACAUGCCUGGAUUUAUUGAGGCUACUCGUGAAUGGUUUAAAAUAUACAAGAUACCCGAUGGUAAACCAGAAAAUCAAUUUGCUUUUGAUGGCGAGGCGAAAGAUAAGGAAUUUGCUUUACAGAUCGUGAAUCAAACCCACGAACAGUGGAAAAAUCUUGUAUCAAAAAAAACAGAGAAAGGAGGGCUGGCUUGUGAAAACAUUUCAGUGGCAGGAAGUCCAUUUAUUACCAGUGGUGAAGAUGCACAGUCAGCGGUUGAUCAGAGUGCUCCACCAGCUGAAGCUGAGCCAAUAAGUUCAGAAGUUGACAAGUGGCACUACGUAAAGCUCUAAGAAGUCGUCCUCGCCACCGUACACAUAUCAAAAUCAACAAGAAGUCAUUAUUGUAAACUUAACACGUGUAGGGGCGACCUCUAGUGGUGGACAAUAUUGCAAACUGGGUAUAAAUUAUGUAUUUGGGGAUUAAUGGUCUGCUUAAGUGAAUCACCUUUUGUAAUUUCUCAUCCACACUUACCCAUCACCGAAUAUUAGUUAAUUUUAGACUAAAUACAAGAAUAAAAAUAUCAGUUUCUCUGAAAAACUGAUGCAGUGAUUUUUUUAAAUGAAACAUUACAAAUGUCUGUCAAGUCCAUCUGCAAAGUUUAUGUGUGAACAAAAUAUUGCGGCACUAACAGGAGACAUAUUCCUAACCAUAUUUUCUUUGUUUCAAAUGACACAAAAACACUUUUCAGCUCUUCCUUUAAAACUAACAGGCACGCCGACCAGAAUCUGAUCAAACUAUGCUAGAGAUAAGUACUCAGAAGCGAGGUAGCUGGAAGUUAAAAUAUUAGAAUAAUUGGUUUUCCAUGCUUUGUUCUCAUGGAUAAAGUAUUAUUUCAAAGAUGUAUUUCAUUUAUUGGAAGGAUAGACACUUUAAUGUAAAGGCAAGUUUAAAAAAAAACAACGGCAUUAACAUCACAGUAAGUUGAUACACUUAAAAUCUCAUCAAACGAAUCACGGUUUCAAUGUGGUUAAAUGCGUUGUUUUGUUUGAGACUUGUAGAGUUAAACUCAAACUUUAGGAUACAGGAGAAGAUUUAGGUUUGUUUGUUUGCUUGGUCUCUACAUUGUUUUUAGGUCACACUGACAAGUUGUAAAUUAUGAAUACAAAUUGAGUAAUAAAUAUUUGAAAAAAACAA